UGUUUACUAAUCUAACUAGUUGCUUUUUCCGAUUAACAACAUAAAUUAAUAACAAUUAAGCUAAACUAAAUAAAAAUAAACAAAAUUUUAAACCACCAUGUUAAGUAGCUUAAAGAAAAAAUUCAAUAAUGCUUUGCAAGAGGCCUCAAUAAUAACCGAAAACUUGCAGCAGCAAUAUCGUCAACGUGUCACAACACCAGAGAGCUUGAGUAGUAGUCGCAGUUCUUUAGCAGCUUCUACUUUAGACUUGGGUGUACCUUCGGAUGUUAAUGUUGCUGCCGGCUGUAAUUUAUUGGCCAAAUAUGAAGAUGAUUGGAAAAUUAUUCAUCAAAAUAAUAUGGAUAAUGCCAAAAAAGCUCAAGAAGUGGCCAAACAAAUACAGACUAUCGAAAAAAGUAUGACAAAUCAUCAUGUAGUGAUGACCGAUCUAAUACACUGUCUAGCGGGUAUUCCCUCACUUGUGGCCAAAUUAAAAACCUUGUCAGAGACAUUGAAUGAAGUUAAUAAUCUUAGUCAUAUAGUGGAUAAGGAAUUGGAGAAAUUGGAAGAUUUGUGUGAAGAAUGCGAAUUACAGGAGUAUAUAUUGGAAAAACAAUGUGAAAUAUCGAAAUAUAAACAAAAGAAAAUGGAGGAUUUGGAGCUGUUUAGACAAAAAGUUGCUGCCGAACAUCAACAACGUAUUAAGGAUUAUGAGGGCAAUUUAAGGAAAAUUCAAAAAGAACGUCAAGCUGUAUUCGAUGAUGCUUUUCGCCAUGACUUGGAGGAAUUUAAACAAAAGGGUCAUAUACCAAAAAUUCAAACCAAUUUAACACAAGAGGUUUCCUUAGAAGAGGUGGUUUUAGAUGAUACCGAAACCAAAGAUGCUUUGGAAGAAUUUUUGAACGGUUAAUAUGCAACACGGUUAUAUUAAGUCAAUUUAAAAUUAAGCAAUAUUCAUAAAGUGCCUAAGAAACCUAUAUACAUAAUCUUAUACAAACAUAUUUAGUAGUGCAAUAAUAUAUACAAAGUUUUUAGAUAAAAAGUAUUGUGUUUUAUAAUAAAGUAUUUGUAAAACUA